AAAUGAAUCUGAGCAAACUUGAGCCUGCGGGAUAGACACAUUUGUUUUAAUCGUUUGAAGAUCACCUUGGUCCUAUUGUCCUGCACUUGAGAAAGUACUUCUUUAAAAGUUUGAGAACACAUAAAGGAAACCAUCCUCCUUGAGCUUUUCUCUUUUUUGUCACUGGCUCCUUGGAACAGUCUGCAGGGAGAACAAGCGCUUUUUCAGCCAUUGAAGACAAAUAUUUCCAAGAAAGCAUCUCGAACCGCCGGGCAAUGGAACAAACGUACGGAGAGGUGAAUCAGCUGGGCGGUGUGUUUGUAAAUGGAAGACCCCUUCCCAAUGCCAUCAGGCUCAGAAUUGUGGAGUUGGCCCAGCUCGGAAUCAGACCCUGCGAUAUUAGCAGACAGCUAAGGGUCUCCCACGGGUGUGUGAGUAAGAUUCUGGCUCGAUACAACGAGACUGGCUCCAUCCUACCCGGGGCGAUCGGAGGCAGCAAACCCAGGGUCACAACCCCCAACGUGGUGAAAAAUAUAAGGGACUACAAGCAAGGGGACCCGGGCAUUUUCGCCUGGGAGAUCCGCGACAGGCUCCUUGCAGAUGCAGUCUGCGACAAGUACAACGUUCCCUCAGUCAGCUCAAUAAGCAGGAUUUUAAGGAACAAGAUUGGAAAUCUCUCCCAGCCGAACCAAUACGAAUCCCCCAAGCAGCAACCUCCCCAGCCAGCCCUGCCUUAUAACCACAUUUACCAAUAUCCGUACCCAAACCCAAUGUCACCCACCGGGACCAAAAUGGGCAACCACCCCGGAGUCCCCGUCUCCGCAGGACAUGUUAGCAUUUCGAGAGCCUGGCCCUCGGUUCACUCUGUCAGCAACAUCCUGGGAAUAAGAGCGUUCAUGGAUCCAACAGGAGCUAUCGCUGGUACAGAUGGAUCUUACCAGCCAAAACUGGAGGAUUGGAGUAGUGUUAACAGAACGCCAUUUUCAACACCUCACGGCGUGAAUUGUAUUGACAAAUCAUCUAUCGACCCCGAUAUUAAAUAUGCACAGCCGGCUUCAACCCUGUCCAGUUUUGUCCCAGCUUGUGCCUAUUCUUCCAACCAGUAUGGAGUGUAUAGCGCGCCUGCGGGUGGCUACGUGACCCCUGCGCAUCAUUGGCAGGCUCAAAGCGCGAGCUUAUCCCACCCAGGGAGCGCUAUGACUAUGCAUGGAGGAGAAAUCCACUCUCCAAUGGCCUUUAAACUUCCACCAAGAGACGUAGGACACAGAAAACCUCCCAGUCCCUUAAGCAAACAGCACGAAGCUUUGAAUAACUUACAUGGACACACGAUCCCUGCCUCUUCUUCAUAACUCAGAGAAGCAAAUUCAUAAACUUAAACACGGAUCUAACAUGCCACCCACGCACCUGACCCAUUAGCAUUUCACAUUCCAAGAACUUACAGUAAGUGGAAGCACUAUAUCUAUACUGCCAUUGAAAGGGUUAAAUCAAGGUGGGAGCCUUCAUAUAAAACACCAUGACAGAGAGCGGACAACGUUUCAGAACAAGAGCGACAACUGGGACAGCGGUUUCAACCGGCAUUUUACUGUCUCUUCAUACAGUGGGUGAUGGGGAUCGGGAGUUUUAUUUUUAUUGUCAGUACAGUAACUACGAAAUUCAAAACCAAACUGUACUUACCUAAUAACGAGACCAAAGGCAUAACAUAUUUAUUUAAAAGAAUGGCUAGUAUUAAAAUGCUGAUUAUUAUUACUAUUAUUAACAAUGAUAAUAAUUAUAAAUCAUGAUUAUUAUUAUUAUUAUUAUUAAUACUAAUGAUCAUAAUAAUCAUUUUGAAGACUUUGCCUGUACCGCCCAUGCGAUCCUAUUCUUAAGUAGUAUUGAGUAUAUCAUAUAUGUUUGUGUAUGCUUUAUAGGUAUUGUAAUUGUUGAUUUUUGGCUUUUGCAAAGCCGAAUAUCCACAUGUUUCAAAAGAUGUGAACAAAUUCAUUACAACGUGUUGUAUAUCCGAGAUUGUAAAUGUCAGAUAAUUUGCAAAAACGUAUCUAUAUAUCCAUUUGUAAAUAUGCUAAAUAAAGUCAUAAGACAAAACAAGAUCGCCAUUUGCAUGACGAGUGUCUUCACUGUUUGCUUUUGAGUGUAGCUAUGGCUAAUUAACACCCUAAUUAACUCAUUUUGAUUCAUAAAGUCGAAUGAAACCUGCUGCACAAUGGCGCAUAUUGAAUUGCAUACCGCUUUGUAGUUUUCCAUAUACUGUAAAUCUAACAUGAAAAACUACUACUAUUAUGGCUUCCGGUACACCUUUGCGAUACUAUUUUGUAGUUUCUUUGAUUACAUAUUA